GACACUGAUCUGAGAGUGAGGCUUGGAUCUAAUGAUCUAACAGGGAAGCUUAGGACGCAUGACACUCAGAGUGAGGCUUGGGCAAUAUGAAACUGAUCUGAGAAUGAGGCUUGGACCACAUAACACUGUCUGAGAGUGAGGCUUGAGCCACAUGUCACUGAUCUGAGACUUGGAACGUUAGGGAGAGAAAUACAAGCUCGGAAUAAGACCGGAGCAGAUAUGAGCACCCUAAAUGAGAAUCCUCCUCUCCUUCCCCAGGUUCCGGUAAUCCGCUUGCCUCGGCCACCAUCUCCUUCAGGUCGUGGGUUUGAUCCUUCUUCACCGCGAGCCCUGGCAUACAGUGCUCCUGAUUCAUAUCAGAAAACUCGAUCCACUCUUCGAGAGCGUUUCCUCCGCAGCCUCCUUGCUUCCUCAGGGCUCCCUGUGACCUUCACAAUGUAUCAACGUGUCACAGUCUGUGCUGAGAAGUUUAAUGCCUGUGACAUGGAAGCGUAUAACUUCCAGGUGUCUAACCUGAAAACACCCCUAGGGGUGCAAGGUGAGGCCUUGAUACGUGGGCCGGACAUUAUUUCCUAUUCAUUCCACAUUUAAGAGACAGAUGGAUACUAUCAAUGUUGUUUUUUUCCAUUGACACCAUGGAUUUAUUAAAGGUUUUCACAAAAUAUA